AUGGACGAUGCGCAUAUCACGGAAAACGCCAUCAAAACAGAGCGUGAAAAUGCUUUAGCGCUCCUUACUAGUGGCCGAAAGGAUUCCAUCGAACCCUACAUCGAACCCUCCAUCAAAUUUGUAUUGGACGACAAGCAUACGAAACGGGCCAGCUCAUUCACUCUUCCUCAACCUCCAUUUAUAUUGGGUAAUAUAUUCGAAAAACCAAACUUUCAGGGGCAUCUACAGCGAAUUCGCACGACACCAUCGUCUGACCUGCAGACCCACGAUGAUCCACCAUCGCCUUCGGAGUCUGAAAUGAUGCUGAAAAUUGGUCUUGAUCACGAAGAACAACACACAGUGUUCUUUUCCGAAAACCAGAUGCCCUAUAGGAGAGCGAAUGGGGAGCCCUGGCCUCGCAUACACAUGCUGAGAAAGUCGGUGCAGAGUGAGGGUGGGGUAUCCGGACAACCAAACCAGGAGCAUUUUUUCGACGAGACGAGCAGCAGAUCGCGAAGGCUAUGCUACGUCUAUGAUCGGCUGAGACUCGGGCGGACAUUCAGCGUCCAAAGCAGACCUUCAGCGCAUGAAGAAAGCAAUCCCAGUAUCGUUAUCGAGCGGCCAUCCUCCGAGGUUGUUUCGGACUUCGUGGAUGAAGGUUUUCAUGCAGGAUCCCUUUCACCACAAUUUAGCCCGACCCAAGUAGCCGAUAUGGUUAGCCAGCUACACAUGCUUUCCCCUCGAAGCAGUGAAAUACCGCAAAAUAUCGGCUGGCGAUUCAGCAACGACUCUGGAUUACCGCCUCAGAAGAACGCCUGGAAGUCUAGCGACAGCUUUGGCCCAGAAGCGGUUUUGGGGAUAACCAAGCACAUGACUGUUGAGAAUACUGAGCACAUCGAUACGAGCAUUCCGGUCAACACAAGGAUAGUUGCGGAACAACCCUAUCUAAGCCAGCCUCCCCAUGAAGCAUACGCUCCAACAAAGACCCUGCAUGCGAAAGUCGACUCGUUCGAUGCGCUUAAUCCUAGCUCGUCCCAACAUCGAUUGUUUCCGCCAUACAAUCAGGUCCCUCAGUUUGAGGAGCAAGAGUGGCCCUUGGUUGACUCAAUACCAGUUGAAAAUGUUCGCACAGCACCGACGGAUCUGAAACAACCCCUUGCAAUGGCUCCGCCAUUCCACUAUGUACCACUUGUUGUGAUCCCGAAAGAGGCAUAUGUCGGAAAGGCCUCCUUGGUGAAUGAAGAGGAGUUGAAACCACCCAAGCAUGGCCAGAGGAACCGCCAAUGGUUCCGCAAUAUUUUUCCGUCAAAAGUACUUCGCGAUCGUUCUGUGUAG